GCAGCCGCUUUCCCGCACCGAGCUGGUGGCUUCGCCCUCCCACCUGGCCACAGGGAGGCUCCACAAAGUCCCCACGGUCCAGCAGCUCUCGCUGGCCCCGGCUCCCGCCCCCGCACACUGGCUCCGGCUCCGGUUCUUCCAGCGGUUGCCGGGCAGAAUCCGAUCCGGUUCGGCGGCCGCUGGGCGGAGCCGGGCCGCCCCUGCUCCCCGGCAGCUCCCUGAGCCGCCCACCAGCCCGCGGUCCGCAGCAGCCGGCAGGAAAAUGGCAGACGGUUUUUCUUUAUCUGAUGCUUUAGCUGGCGCCGGUAACACAAACCCAAAUGCUCCUCCAAACCAAGGCUGGCCUGCUGGUCCCUGGGGAAAUCAACCUGCUGGUCCGGGGGCGUAUCCUGGAGCGCCGGGGGCGUAUCCUGGAGCGCCGGGGGCGUAUCCUGGAGCGCCGGGGGCGUAUCCUGGAGCGCCGGGAGCCUAUCCUGGAGCGCCGGGAGCCUAUCCUGGAGCGCCGGGGGCGUAUCCUGGAGCGCCGGGGGCCUAUCCUGGAGCGCCGGGGGCCUAUCCUGGAGCGCCGGGAGCCUAUCCUGGAGCACCACCUGCCCCUGGACAACCAAGUGGACCUGGAGCACCUCCUACUGCACCACAAGUUGGACCUGGAUUUGGAUCUGUCCCUCAGCCAGGGGGACCUACUGCUCCACUGAGAGUCCCCUUUGACCUGCCCUUGCAGACCGGCCUCGUGCCUCGCUUCUUGAUAACCAUCGUGGGGACAGUGAAUCCAAACCCCAGCAGAUUUUCACUGGAUUUCAAGAAAGGGCAUGACGUCGCCUUCCACUUUAAUCCCCGCUUCAACGAGGACAACAGACAAGUCAUUGUCUGUAAUUCACUGAUUCAGAAUAACUGGGGAAAGGAGGAGAGAACCGCUCCCAGGUUUCCAUUUGAAGCUGGCAAACCUUUUAAGAUCCACGUUCUGUGCGAGACGGAUCAUUUCAAGGUAGCUGUCAAUGAUGCUCACUUGCUGCAGUUCAACUACCGGCUGAAGAACCUGAAUGAAAUCACCAAACUCAGCAUUGCUGGGGACAUCUCUCUCACCAGUGUUACGCCUGCUAUGAUAUGAGUGGGGUUUUUACACCAAGAAACAUACUCCGGUCAUUUCUUGAAUAGCAGUUAACCUUUAAAAAAAAUAAAAAUUGCUGGCUUCAUUUAUCCUUUGUACGAUAAACUUAAUAAAAUACUUGUACUAGAAGUGAAA